GCGGCGCGCAGGUUAGCGCCCGGGCGCCACGCCUCCGCCGGAGCUCACGGGCGCCCUCUGGCGGGCGUGGCGAGGGGCGGGACCGCCAGCCAAGCGCUGACCUGCGCGCUGGCCCGGGCUGCGAACCUGUGCAGAGGCGGCCGGGAUGCUGCGGGCUGAAGCACCUGCGGGGGACUGGCCCCGGACCGGCGAAGUGCACACCGGGACGACCAUCAUGGCGGUGGAGUUUGAUGGGGGCGUCGUGGUGGGUUCUGAUUCCCGAGUGUCUGCGGGACAGGCGGUGGUGAACCGGGUGUUCGACAAGCUAUCUCCCCUCCACCAGCGCAUCUACUGUGCUCUCUCGGGCUCGGCCGCCGAUGCCCAGGCCAUUGCUGACAUGGCCGCCUACCAACUGGAGCUCCAUGGGUUGGAACUGGAGGAGCCUCCACUGGUUCUGGCUGCUGCGAACGUGGUAAAGAACAUCACCUACAAGUACCGGGAGGACCUGUCGGCCCACCUCAUGAUAGCUGGCUGGGACCAGCGUGAAGGGGGCCAGGUGUACGGUACCCUGGAAGGAAUGCUCAUCCGACAGCCGUUUGCCAUCGGUGGCUCUGGCAGCACCUACAUCUAUGGUUACGUGGAUGCAGCCUACAAGCCGGGCAUGUCCCCUGAGGAGUGCAGGCGCUUCACCACAGAUGCCAUCACUCUGGCUAUGAACCGGGAUGGCUCGAGUGGGGGUGUCAUCUACCUGGUCACCAUCACCGCUGCCGGCGUGGACCACCGAGUCAUCUUGGGCAACGAGCUGCCCAAGUUUUAUGAUGAGUGAUUCCUUCUCAACUCAACUUUCUUGUUUUGUAAUAAACUUUCUGGGAGCAGAA